CCACUCCCGAGUCCGGAACCUCUCGGCUCCUCAGCGCGCGCGCCUCGAGCAAUUCCUCGCCGCCGGCCGACCGAGACCCGCGUUGACGCGCCUCACAUGCCUCAUCGAAUCCUCCUAGUAGAGCAUGCCUCCCUCGGGGCACGAGCGAAAUGAGCCUCCUCAGGCGGUCGAAAAGGUCUCCUCCAACGCCGCGCGCAGGGUGAACCGCUCAUGCGUCGAAUGCACCCGCCGCAAGGUCAAGUGUGACGGCCGCCAGCCAUGCGGGAGCUGCCUCUACUACAGGGUCCCCGAUGCCUGCGAGUACCGCCAGCGCUCGCGCAGAAACGCCGUCAGCAGAAGCACCUUUGACAAGGCCUCGGAGCAGCUGCGUUCCCAGACGCGCGUCCUCGACACUCUAUUCCCAGGCGUCGAUGUCGAGAGACUCGCCAACAAGAGCCAGAACGAGCUCAUGGGCUUGCUGCGGCUCGGGGAGUUGCGCCACACCCAGCAUCAUGAGCCCGACUCUUCCCUGCCCGAGCCAACGCCCCUUCGAGAUGAAAUCAUUGGCCUUCCUGGCAGUUCGGGCGCCGAAGACUCGGCUCCGAUGUCUGAAAACGGCGAGCCUACCGACGAGCGCAAGUGGGACGAGUCCCUCGACCAACCAACUACGGUUGCCAGCGACGACAUCAACGCCAUCGGCCUCGCUACCGAUGAGCACACGCGCUCGUAUCUCGGCGUCACCUCCAUGAGCGCUGUCCUCAGGGCCAUAUUUCGCCUCUGCCCCGCUGCAAAGGAACACACGGCGCAAUGCGCACGCGCCCUCGUUGCCACUCCCGCGCCCGUUCCGGCGCCCCAGCCAGUCCUCGGCCGGGACCCGGCGCUGAGCAUACUGAGGGAGCAACGCUGCAUCGACUUUUACUUCGAAUAUAUCCACCAAAUCACGCCGCUUUUGGAUGAGAACGACUUCCGCUCUCAGCAUGCCUCGGGUUCGCGCCAGGACGGCUCCUGGAUGGGCCUCCUCAACAUGGUCUGCGCCCUGGGCUCUAUAGCGUCUGGUAAUGAGGGCCUCCAUGAGCAGUACUAUCUCCAGGCCCGGUCCUUCACGGGGCUUGACAGCCUUGGGUCUGGCAACAUGGACAGUCUGCAGGCCCUCUGCCUCCUGGGAGGGUACUACCUGCAUUAUCGCAACUCGCCAAACAUGGCCUACAGCAUUCUCGGUGCGGCGCAUCGAGUUGCCAUUGCAUUGGGCCUGCACCGAGAGCCGAGGCGGGCGCCCAACAUGGCGACUGUGGAGGACGUCGAGGAGCACCGACGCCGCGCUGAGACGCAACGAAGAACAUGGUGGAGCUUGUAUUGCCUCGACACAUGGGCGUGCAUGACUCAAGGACGCCCGACCUGCGGCCGUCUGGACAGAACUACCAUGGACACCUGCCUCCCUUCCAGCCUCGGCCCCGACGACCAUGCCGCCAUAUUGCUCCAGGCUAACACCAGGCUCUGUCUGAUAUGUGAACGCCUCCAGCAGAGGUUUGCCCAGUUUGGUCGGCCCUCGAAUCAGGACAUUCUCGCUCUCGAUGCGCAGCUCCGCGACUGGUUCGAUGGUCUCCCAGAGAAUCUCAAGCAUGCAGAGGGCUCGCCUCCGCAGUAUCAGUUCGCGAGGGAGCUGAUGAAGACGAGAUACUACAAUGCCCGCAUUGUCCUUGCUCGGUCCCUGACUCUUUACCUUGCGCACGACUGCAGGAAGAAGCUUGGGGAGCUCAUGCCCGAGCAAAGACACAUGCUCAACAUGUGCUGCCAAGUGGCGAUGGAGGCGAUUGACUCGACGGCCCGCUACUGGAUGCCGAACCGUAUCCAAGUAUGGAACAUGGGCUGGUAUCUUUUCCAGGCCUGCUCGGUGCCACUGCUUUGCAUUGCCAUCGAGAAGAACAUGCAGCAGUCUUCUUCCCUGCCUCCAAACGAAAAAGUCGCCUCCUGGCAGUCCGGCCUGGCCAAGGCAUUGGAGACGUUCACCGAGAUGCGCCCGUGGAUGCGUGCGUCUGACCGCUCGCCAGAUAUCGUCUCCGCAAUCUACGAGGCAGUCAUCGCCACAGAAGCGGAUGGCACUAUGCGUACUCCUUCGGCCACAGAUGGGAGCAUCGACAUGUUUGGCUGGUGCGACGAGCAGCUGACAGACAUGGAUUGGGGCGUCUUCCUUGGCGACGAGAGCCUCACCCGCGGCAUGUUCCCCAUGUGAUCGCCAUGCCGCCAAGCAUGAGAGACGAAUUGCCAUAGAGCACGAAGCACAAAGACAAUACCAGCUGCUCAAGCCCGCAGCGGACGAGGUCGCAUGACUGCCCGGGCCCUUGCUGCAAGUGAGACCGGGUAAAGUGACGUUCUCCCUAUCUCCCCAGGUGCCAAUACUACGCUUCCGCAGGCAGUGUUUCGAUCAUAACACGAAUUCGUCAGCGGCUCAGCGAGACUCAAGCAAGAUAUUGCGCAGAAUUUGGUUGCGGACUGCCUGCACGAGACGCCAUCGACAAAAAGCACAAGAAAGAUGUAUAACAUUCAACAGCUCGAGAGCUUCGACGGGUAUGAGCCAUAAGCGAUCCGUAAAGCGGUCGUUCUCUAUCUAUGCCGGCUCGCUCGAUCACCUUGACCCAACCAUUGCGGCUCCCAGGUUGCCGGCUAUUCUUCUUCGCUUUGUAUGACAUAUUCACAGCAGCACAUCUCUAUACCUGACUCCAGAACCGGGAUUGCCCUGUUGGUAUUUCCAAGUCAAAAGACACAUGAUAUGGUCGGGUAUCGUCUCGUCUUCACAUGAGAAUCCUCCAUGAGACAUUGAUCAAAGAUUUAUCGUUAAGGGCAAAAAGGCCAUCCAAAUGGCCACUCCCUCUACCCAAUUAUACACAGCGUAUGCUCGCCAUCAGUACUGCCGCCCCCUGGACCUCGACACCCUGUCUCUGCCGCGUGCCACGUACACGGGCUGCGUCCUGGACGUCUCGCGCACGACGACGGGCGGGGGCGUGGACAUGGUGGAGGACAGCGAGGAGCGGCGGCGGCUGUGGUGACGGUGGUGGUGACUGCUGUGGCGCGGGCGACUGUGGUGGUAGCCAUGGUGGUGGUGAUGGUGCGAGGAGCGCUUGGGGUCGACGUCGUGAUACCAGGCCUCGCGGUCCUCGCCCGGCGGGGCGCCUAUGUUGAAGCACGAGCGGUAGAUCCAUACGAGGAGGAGGAAGCCGGCGAUGGAGCCGAUGACGAUGCCCGCAAUGGCGCCGCCGCUCAGAGUCGUGGCCGAGCCUCCACCGUUGUCACCGCUGUCGCCCCCGGAAACGACGGUGACGGUCGCCGUCGGGGCGGACUGCCGCGCGCGGAGCAGCUGGUAGUGGCUGUCAUCGUCGGUGGCGGAGACGGGCAAUGUCGGCGUCGGCGUGGUGGAAAGCAGAAGCUCAUCGACCAUGUCGUGCGCGGCCGUGGCGCCACCGCGCGCUUGUACGGCGGGAGCCAUUGGCAGUGAUGACACCGCCUGGACGGUUUUGCAAACUGGCGAGUUCUGCGGUGCAAAGAUGUGACUUUGUUGGAACAAGGCGGGAAGGAGGCGAGAUUAUGGGAGACAGAGCAAAACCAUCUAACACAAGCGUGGUUCAGCCCCAACAGGCGCAGAAGCGAGCAUAUACUCUUGCCGAGCCCCAUCCCCCAUGAUAGCGGACGAGCACUCAACACCAUCGAUGUUACGUCAAUGGGACAUCACAACCCCAUCAUGGCCCUCCGUUGCAUGCACAGCGACAUCAUGGACUGGGUCCCAGCACCAGGCAAAAGCCAUGCAGGGAUGAUUGCAAGUAGUAACGUAGUCCAAUUGACCAGCCCCCCC